GGUUGCCGAGCGGUGCCGUGCUCUGCACCCUCAAAAGGAAGGAGAUUGAGGAACGUGUUGGAGGCACGACUGGUGCUCUCGUUCACGACAAGUUCCUCGACGAGUUCUCCGACGGGAGAGGGAGACCGUCCGCACCACCCUCACAGGCUAGAUCAAACCUGCCCCUACCCGAGACUGGCUCGGUUACCCUUCUGUAUAGCUCGAACGAGGAAGAUCAGUUCAGCCCGGCCGGAGCUUUUCGCUCGGUCAUAUCCUGUUACAGUCGAAUGCCCCGGCUCGGGCUCGGGUGUCGGUGGUCAUGACAUCCUGCAGGAGGCCUCGGAGAGGAUGUUCGUAGCACCCACCCUCGCUCCAUCAACCGCCCUCAUCCCGAUGGACACGGCCACGGCGGCCACCUCAGAGGCCACACCCGCUGAGCCCCUCCGCCGCCGCGGUGGCCGCCCCAGAAGGCCCCCCGGCAUACCGCCCCGGGCCAGGGCGCGCCGAAGGCCCAGGGCGCGAGGGGGAGAGCGGACGUCGGGCCGCGGGAGCCUCUGGAAGUUCAUCCUGAACCUGCUGCUCAAACCCAGAUACAACCCGUCCAUCAUCCGCUGGGAGGACAUGGAGCGCGGUCUCUUCUACUUCGAGAACGGCGAGGAGGUGGCCAGGCUGCGGGGCGAGGAGACGCAAAAUCCAAAUAAAGAGGGAUACGGAUACGCAUUCAUGUCGAAGGCCAUGAGAACGGGCAACGGGUAUUUUACCAAAUGCAAAGAGGGGGAGGAGAAUGUGAGGCGGAAGUUCUUCUAUUUCGGGCCCAAGGCUUCGUGGCGGGAGGAAAUGGCUCGGAUCCUAGAUGGCUGUGGAGAGGUGAGCGACAACACGCUGACCCCGCCAAACUGUAGCAGUGACAAGAGCACGCGGGGCAGCUGCUGUUAAUUAACAAGACUGAUUAUUAUUUUGCUGUAUGUGUAUAUGAUAUUACAUGUUGUUAUGUACAGAUUUAUUGAAAAAGUUUGCUAGUGAAGAUGUAAUAAUGUUUAAUCUAGUCGAGUCGAAGUGGAAUUCUAUUUUAGCGAGUAUGUUGUAUCUUUUCUUACGUAUUAAAAACAUAUAUACUACUUACUCA